UAACUAACAAUUUUUAUGUGUUGGAUGCCACCCUUGAUUUACCACGUAAAUUGAGGUUCUCCUAAAUUUGACACAGAAGAAAUUUUGAGACUUAAAACCCUCCAACUCAAAACUCACCCUUUGGCCUCCCUUCCAUCUCGGAGGAUCUCUAGCAAUGGUGGGUUUUGACAAAACCACCAAUGCCAACCCAUUCACCCGGCCCCCAUUACCACCACUGCCACCGUUGCCGUCAUUACCACCAGUCCCACUGCCUCCUGCCGGCGUCAACGACCAGCCCAAUAAACAUAAUAAGCCUGCACGCCGGGUCGUCUUUGCUGAUUUCCCUCCCAAGAGCCACCAACUCGAGGAUCUUCCUGAGGAUGAUGACCUUGAGGAUGAUCAUUCACCCAAGAAAAAUUCUGAUGAAGACGACAAUGAUCAUGGUGGCCAUCAUCAUAAUAUUGGCAUUAACGACCCAGACGAUCAACAUAGCGAGAUAAUCGAUCGACAUUCCUACCUAAACGAUGAUCACAACAAUUAUGACAAUCAUGAUGACGACCUAGAUAACAAAGGCUGCCAUCCCUGUUAUUUCAAGUGCUGUGCAUCGACAUGCAUGGUAGUUUCCCUUCUCCUUCUCCUAAUCCUCAUACUCGGCAUCUUGGCUAUCAACUUUAUGAAGUCAGCACUCCCGGAGGUUCACAUAACCAAACUCAGGUUCCCUGUAAUGGACGUCGUGGGCACAUCGCCUUCUCACAAAGUUCUUUUGGUUGCAGAGGCAUUAGCACUCCUCCAGUUAUCCAACAAAGACGAAAAGACUGUUCUUUAUUAUAGCCCUUUAAUGGCGGAAAUCUCGUCUGAGAAUGUUAAUCUUGGAAGCACCAGAAUUGCAGGAUUUCGACAAGGCCCCAGCAAUGAGACAAGAUUGGUAGUACGAACCAGGGUUGAGAAAUCUGAAAUUGGCGAUGUUGACGCCACAAUCUUGACAUCAAAUUACAAGAGUUUCCAGAUGAUGGGUAAUGUGAUUUUGAGAGGGAAAAUUGGAGGGGAUGUUGGAGGGAUUAAACUCCAUUUGCCGAUAGUUAUAUCAUGCGAGGGUGUAAAGCAAGAUGAAAUGGAUCAUGGGGAGAAACACAAAUGCAAUGUUAAAAUCUUCUCUCAAAUCUAAAUUCUCUCUUCCUCCAAGUAUGCUUUCUUUUUCUUUUUAAUGUUCAUCAUGGAUUUUUGUUGGUGGUGGGGCAAACCUCAACAGCUAAUAAAACAUGGGUUCUAGCCAUUUCAAUAGAAAUUAGAUUGAAAGCAAAUCAUCUCCAAACAAUUUAAAAUCUUGAAUGGUAUAAGUACAAAAUAGGGUUCAUAGAACGGGACAAGGACAAGACAAAUUGUUCUUUUCUAAUGGUUUCAAUGGUGGGCUGCAGGAGCUGGGAGGUGAUGGAUGGAAUGGUA